AUGCUUCAUUGUCUUAUCCUUAGUAUUCUAUCAACAGAACGAUUAAUAUCAAAUGAAACAAAUCAAAAUGAUGUUGAAACAACACCUAAUACAAUUUAUGAAAAAAGUCUUUUAUCAUGCUCUAAUAAUCAACCAUAUUCAAUUACAUGCAUAGAUUCUAUAUCAAUGUAUUUUGAUAAAAUACAAAAUUAUGUUGAAUUAACAUGUCAAUUUUCAACAGGUGAUAUACAUGAUUUAUUACGUUUUAUAAUAUUUAUAUUAGAAAAAAUUUAUAUAAAUAAAUUUCAAAAAAAAACAUCAUUUCUUAGUUGUGAAAUAGAUCAAAUAAUAUCAUGUUGUACGUUAUCGAAAACACUUUUAUCAAUAUUUAAAUAUCUUUAUCAACGACAUGGUCAAUGUAUGCAAACAUGUUCAACAUUAGAUACAAGUUCAAAUAAUUUAUUUACAAAUAUUGAACGAUUAGGUUCAAUUAUAUAUCUAUCUGAUUUAUUGACAUCAUCACAACAUUUAUCAAAUUUAUAUGAUGAAUAUUUUUGUACAUGGUUUGAUGAAGAUGAUUUAAUGAUAUCCUUAAUAAGUUAUAAUUUAUGUAAAUCUGGUAUAUUACUUGGACAAACAACAAAAGAAUAUAAUGAAUUAUAUCUACGUUUAAUUGAACACGAUUUUAAGUUAACUAAAAUUCAUGCAUAUGCAUCAUGUUUAUUUUUUACUUGA